GUAAUAUAGACUUCCUAGUUCCUACCAUGAACAAUGAAUGGAGGUAAAGAACAUAACAACAAGAUGGUUGAGAAUGUUGUCUUUUAAUUAGGAGAUUCUUAUUUGUUUGCCCUCCCAAUUCCCAAACUCCAAUUUGACCAAAACAACAAACAAUAAAAACUCUCCCCACCAUGCCCGAUAGCUAAAUACACUCACAACUCACAACACAAAAUCGCAAAAACCCAGAUUUGAGAAAACACAGCAACUUUACUUUGCAUUCUCUGAGUUUUUUUAAAAAUCCAAUCUUUUUUCUUUCUACCUCUCAUGGAAUUCCCACCAGACUUAGACUUAUUUGGAGAAGAUGAAGAAGAAGAAUACUCCCAAGAAAAUGAACAACAACAACAACAACACCAACAACAACAAGAGGAAGAAUUUGACAACGAACAAAAACCUAUUGUUCGUCUUUCUUCAUCUUCUGACUCAUCUCGCUCAUCUUCACCGUCCAAUUCAUCAUCUUCUUCAUCUUCACGAUCAAGAUCUUCAUCCAGCGGUAGUGGCAGCGGCAGCGGAAGUAGCAGCGCAGAAGAGGAGAGAGAAAAUGGUGGAGAAGAAGAAGUUGUGUCUAAUAGUAGGAUUAUAGCAAGGGAUAUUUUUGGGGAUGAACCUGAUGAUGAAGACCUUGAAGAAGAUGAUGAAGAACAAGAUGGUAGAGAUCUUUUUGGGUCUGAUAAUGAAGAUUAUUGCAAAACUACUGCUAUUAGCCCUCACCCUGUUCCUGUAUUGCCUCCAGUUCGCACUAACCACCAACAAGAUAGAGGUGGAGGUGGCCGUGGCCGUGGACGUGGACGAUGGCAAAAUGAUAGUGGUGCUGGUAUCUUACCUCGGCCUGGGUACCCUCCCAGACAAAAUUAUGGUUUCAACCCUAGAUUUCCUCCUGUUGUAAGAGAUGAACGGUUUGUUUCUGAGCUCAAGUUUGCGAAGAGUGAGGAAACACUUUCAAGAAAAGCUGUACAAUUCCAAGAGCCUUGUGAACUUGCCUGCUAUAGUCGUGUGGAAGGUGGUGAAGUCUUCUUCGAUGAUCGCAGCUUGAGGCUUUUUAAGCGACUAAUCAGUGAAGACGUUGGAGCAGAUCUGAAUGAAGGCUUUGAUACCUUCAGCGAGAAAAAAGAUUUGGGCUCUCAGGGUUUUGGUGAUCUACUUGCUUGCAUCAGACAAAAAAGAAUUCCUCUUCAAAAUAUGCAUUUUGUGACUUAUCGUAACAACCUAAAUAAGAUUCUGGCCACUGCUUAUAUUCGGAAUGAACCUUGGGAAAUGGGAGUGCAUAAAAGAAAAGGGGUAGUUUAUCUUGAUGUUCACAAAUUACCAGAAAGGCCGCAGACAGAGAUGGAUCGCAGAAGGUGCUAUUGGGGGUAUUGCUUUGAGACACUUGCAACUGAAGAUCCUAGGAGAGAUGGGGGAGAGGGUAUACAUCAUAUUGAUGCAAAUGUUGAGUACUGUGCUGUCAUUAAAACAAAACUUGGUGCUCAUCGGAUAUUAAUGGGUGCUGAAAUGGAUUGCUGUGACUCCACCGAUGAUGGGAGGAGGUUUUAUGUGGAGCUGAAAACAUCUCGAGAGUUGGAAUAUCAUACAGAAGAAAGAUACGAGAGAGAGAAAUUACUCAAAUUCUGGAUCCAAUCAUUUCUAGCAGGUGUUCCCUAUAUUGUCGUUGGUUUUAGGGAUGACUCAGGACGACUUGUUCGCACAGAAAGAAUGAGGACAAAAGACAUAAAUCAGCGAGUGAAGAUGAAGAACUAUUGGCAGGGUGGGGUGUGCUUAGCAUUUGCUGAUGAGGUCUUGUGCUGGCUUUAUGGAACCGUUAAAGAGAAUGAAGACUACAUAUUGCAGUUUGCAGCACCCUUCACACGUUUGGAGCUUCUGCAGGCGAACAACUCCUGUCCGGACGUUAUUGCUCACCAUCUGGAGCUAUUGCAAUGACAAGGAGGAUUUCAGAACUGCAGAACUAAUACAUGACAUACUAUUAGUAAUCAAGGUCAUCUUGAUCAUGACACAUCUUUAGACAGAAGAAGUUAGAUACUUUCCAUAGUAGGAACCUUCACUUGGUAUGCAAGCUCAAGAAAGGGCCAAAAGGUUUCACAUUAUGACCUCCCAGACUAGCUAAAGCAGGCGCCAAGAGAGAUAGAACCAACAAGAAUGAUCGGCCGACCGACAGACCGCAGGGAGGGAAGGCAACAAAGAUAAUGUUGAGAGGUUUUUCCCAAAAUGCGGGAUUGAUUAAAGACAAUGGGUUAAUCUUGAAUGACUAUUAGCAUUUUAAUCUUAAUUUAACCUCUUUUUGUAAUAUGGUUAAAGUUUUAUUGAUACUAUGCAUUGAUGAUAUGUUUGCAUCUGAAUUUUGAAUGUAAGCUGUUAGCUAAACAUAGUACGGAGGAGUACUAUAAUUAAAACUGUCCCAUUUUUGUCAUUAUUAAGUUUCCAAGUGCUAUCAAAAUUGUCGCGUUUGAAGUCUAA